UUAAGUUUAUCAUUGGGUAAUCAGUAGCACCAAGCCUGGGGUCUUUAAAAUUAGUAAGGAUAUAAUUCAAAUUGAAUAUAAUGUGUUUGAUUCUUAGUUAUUUUUAUGGGAAACGAGUGUAAAAACUAAAAAUGUCAUGGAUUCAUUUGCAAAAUUGCUUUUUCCAUUGGUGCUCAGUGUUUUGAAUUAUCCUACGUGAUUAUGAAAGUACUUUUAACGAGUUUUAAAUUUAAAUACAUUUUUACAUGUAUUUUUAUUACUUUUAUAAUUUCUUGUUUGAUUAGCAUCGCUCCAAUUAGUAUAGAAGAAUGUAAAUGUAAUAAUAUAGAUAAGAUUGAUUUACAUGAACAAAAUGUGAAUAGAGUAGCAUCCAAACACCACAAGCAUCAUUUAGCCAUAUUAGUGCCAUUUCGAGAUCGCUUUGAAGAAUUGUUAAUGUUUGCUCCACAUAUGAAGAAGUUUCUUGAUAAACAAGAUAUAGACUACCAUAUAUUUAUUUUAAAUCAGAUAGAUAGAUAUAGAUUUAAUCGAGCAUCACUUAUAAAUGUAGGUUUUUUAGAAAUUAAACAAGAUUUUGAUUAUAUUGCUAUGCAUGAUAUAGAUCUCUUACCAAUGAAUGAUGAGUUACAAUAUUUUUAUCCUGAAAAUGGCCCGUUACAUAUUUCUUCACCAGAAUUACAUCCAAGAUAUCAUUAUCCAACUUUUAUAGGUGGAAUUUUAUUAAUUAAUAGAAAACAUUUCUUACAAGUAAAUGGAAUGUCAAAUAAAUAUUGGGGAUGGGGGCUAGAAGAUGAUGAAUUUUAUGUAAGACUGAAGGAAGCUGGAUUAAAUAUUACACGACCACCAAAUCUUCUAACAGGAAUUCAAGGCACAUUUAAACAUAAUCAUAAUAGAAAUCAUCGUAAAAGAGAUAUGGUAAAGUGUUUCAAUCAAAGAGAAGUUACUCGAAAACGUGAUCGGCAAACAGGUCUACAUAAUGUGUCUUAUAAAAUAGAAAAUUCAAUUAAUGCAACAAUAGCAAGUACACCAAUGACAAUUUUAAAUAUUUCAUUAAUGUGUGAUGAGUUUAUUACACCUUGGUGUCAAUGUGAUACCAAUAAUGUAACAAAGGAUAAAAAGACUAAUGAUAAAAAAAUAAAACGUUAAUA